CAUGGUCAUGUGGUUUUGUUUCAUAAAGUUAUAAACUUACAAAUUUUUAAUAUGAGAGAGAGGGGUGAGAGGGUGGCUUUAAAUUAAGUUGUUGGUGUAUUAGAGAAAGAAGAGGAAUGUUACGAGUCAAAUUAGAAUUUUUCACACACUCUUUGUUAGAGUACAAUGGCUUUCACACUAGACAGGUUUGAGGAGAACAUGGUGUUCACUUUAGAGUCUCAGAAGUCAGUGCCAGCACCCUUUCUGACAAAGACAUACCAACUUGUUGAUGACCCUCACACUGACCACAUUGUGUCAUGGGGUGAAGAUGAAACCACAUUUGUUGUCUGGAGGCCCCCUGAGUUUGCAAGAGAUCUUCUUCCCAACUAUUUUAAACACAACAACUUCUCAAGCUUUGUUAGGCAACUCAACACCUAUGGUUUCAAGAAGGUAGUUGCUGACAGAUGGGAGUUUGCAAAUGAGUACUUCAGAAAAGGAGCUAAGCACCUUUUAUGUGAAAUUCACAGGAGAAAAGCACCACAGCAGCAUCACCAACUCUUUCAUGACCAAUCACCAUCCCAAAUUUUUCAGCAAGAUGAAAAUCUCUGCUGGCUUGACACUCCUCUACCAUCUCCAAAACCAAACACAGAUAUUCUAACAGCACUUUCUGAAGACAACCAAAGACUAAGGAGAAAGAACUUCAUGCUCUUAUCAGAACUCAGCCACAUGAAGAGUUUGUACAAUGACAUCAUAUACUUCAUCCAAAACCAUGUAAAACCACCACCCUUUGAGCAAAGAAGCAGCAGUGUUAUUCCAAACCUGGUGGAGUUGGACUCAUUGCAUGAGUCUCCAAAUGACAUGGGAGUUCGCAGAAGUGCCAAAAGUUGUGUUGUGGAUAAGUCUUUGAUUACUUCUACUGAGGAAUCAAACAGUUCUGUGAAGCUAUUUGGGUUCCCUCUAAGUGGCCGAAAGAGAUUGCACCCUGAUAACACAAAUUGUUGAUUUGUCCUAUUAUGGUUAGCUUUUCUAUUUGGGUGGCCAUGACUGUUCUUGUUGAGAUUGUAGAAUAUCUCUAGUCAUGUCCAGGAGUGAUUACUAGGUGGUCCUGGACUAUCAUCUUUCAUGGUUCUGAUCAAUAUCUAUGUGACACCUAUUUAAGUUUUUUAAUUUUUGAAAAAAAAAUUAACAACACUUGAUUGUGUCACGGAGAGAUUGGUCAAACCAAAAACUAAGAUGGUUUAGAAUCAGCUAAUAAUUUCUGCAUGUAUAACAGAGUGGCUAAUGUUUGCGUUGUUACAGUUGGUACCCCAUCAGAAUUUUGCAUUAAUUGAUGUGCUAAUGAAAAUAGCAGGGUUUUUCUUCCCCCCUCAUUGUUGAAGUUGGAAUCACAAAGUAUUAGUAUAAUAAUAGUUUGUAAAUCUUAUUGGUUUUUA